AUGCAUAUUAAAUUUGAAAUCAAUAUUUGUGAUAUAAUAAGUAGCUCUAUCAGAAGGUUUACAAUUUACUAGAAUUCUUGUAAAAAUUUAAAUCACAAAUAUUUUGGGAUUUUGAUAAAAAUCAAUAAAAACAUAAAUUAUUUAAAGAUAAAUGCUAUAAUUUUCACUCUUUUUUAAUAGGAUGAAUAAUUGUAUAAAGAAUGGUUAAACAUAUUAAUAUUAUCUUACGUGAUUCUUUAGGUUGAUAAUUUUAGGGUGAAAAAUAUUAUCCUAAGCAAAUGGAAAUUUCUUGAGAGAAUUAAUAUAUUAUUAUCUGAAUAUUGUGAAUAAAAAAUAAGAAUAAAUUCUUUCUAAUUGGAUUUAAGAUAUGAUAGAUAAUACAAAUUUAUGUAAAUAAACCCUUAUUUUUUAAUACAAUAAAAAGAGGGAAUAACUUAAAGAUGUGUUAAUUAAUGCCAAGUAAAUUUUAUUGAAAUACAAGGAACUAGUAUAAGGAAUAGAAUGCCUCAAAUUAAAGACUUUAUUUUAGAUCUUUUUCAAUAAUGCAAAUGAUGAAUUAAAUGUAAUAUUUAUGAAAUUUUCUUAAAAGAAUAUAGAAUCUUAAAUAAAAAAAAAAAAGGCUGUUAAAAAGCAAUUUAUUUUAUUUAAUUGA